AUGAAAUACAUGAUUGAUGAGACGCAUUUUACCGCUGGCCUGUGGCAGACUUACGGAGACUCAAAUGAAUUGGCGGUGGGAGUUUCAUUCGAUGGGCUUAUUAUCAUGAUUCUAAUAAUUCCCCAUGUUUUGGGACCUACAUAUCCAAGCUUACAAGUGUUGAGCUUCACCCUGGUGGGAGUUGACGAUCUAUUUCUGAGGCCAAAGUCACUAUUCCGAGGUUGCGCUACAUUUCAGGACCAGCAAUUAUUAAUGACGUUUGCAUGCAUCAGGCCAAUCACCUUAGAUACUAAUGAUUUUGGAGAUAUUGAAUACCUUGUCUGCUUGCUCCCGUGCCGGGUCGAGGACGGCGAGGGAAGGACUGGGACGGUCGUGGAUGUACCUACGUACCUCGGCCGAGGUCAGCUCCAGCGGACGAGGGUUGCAUUUGGAAUAAUGACCCUGUUUACAUUGGACACCGAAGAAAGAAAGAUAAACCCUGCAAGCUGCAACAAUUGCGAAUUUUUGGAGAUGCCCGCCGGGCUUCAGCUGUACGCACCACCUCACCACACUAUUCCGUACUCCGUACACUACACUAAGCCUACAGAUACAGAUACACAUACUCACUCCUCCCCGACUCGCCGAACAGCAACAAACGCCGCCGAGGUUCUGGACACGAGAGAGAAGAAAAAAACUUACAUCAGCUCCAUCCCACCAUAA